AUAAAACUAACUCAUUUAGCAUAAUUAUGUAAAACUAUUUGCACUAAAUGAUACUAAUUGAUGGCAUAUGCAGUUUAAUCUUUUUGUGAAUGACACUUUAGUACCGGUGCCAAUGGGUCCAUUCGAAUACUGUUAUAUUUCAAGGACCGAUAAUGGUACCUCAAUCCACACUCCAUCCUUAAGCUUCAGGACAAAAGGAGGGGCUGAUUUCCAUGUUCUCACUCCCACUAAACCACUAGAGCCCCAACCAUUUAGUGGAGUACCUCAUCAUCACAUCUUUUCUUCCUUACAAUAUUUUAGAGAAACAAAUAAUAUGAAUUGUUUGUAUCUUAGCAGUACAAAAACCUUCUACAAUAAUAAUGGAUACUCAAAGAUGGAAGUGGAAGACGAGGAGGAGAUGAGGCACAGAAAAGCGCAGUUCUUGAUUUACAAGUCAAUGAAUAAGGUUGACUCCCUGACUCAUCAACGGAGGAGGAGGAGAUCAUCUCAGCCGCCGCCGCCGCCGUCCAUUUGGCUCAUCAAACUCCGGGGUUUCAGCUGCUGCAGGGUCAAGAUCAAGAUUGGGAACCGGCUGAUCAUGCGGCUGAGAAACACCAUCUCCGCCGCCGGUUACAAGCAAGUUUUUCUCCACUUGAAAACUCUGAGGCGGUUGCUCCGGGGAAGAGUAGGAGGAGGAGAGGGAGAGGCUACUACAUACAGUUCAAGUGAAAUAAAUAAAUAAACGGAGUAAUUAUUUUUUUAAAAAAUACGGAGUAAUUUUUUUAGUUCAUGAAUUUAUUUUGUUUUGGAACAAGGGGUUUUUGUCUCUGUUUCAAUAUACUUUGUACGAUGUAGCUUGAGGCCCAAAAAAAUGACGAGAUUUGAGCUCUGUUAGCUUAUUCGCGUAUAAUACGCGUAUUAUACACCUGUACGUAUGAUACACGUAUUAUACUCCCGAAUACGAAUUUUUAAUGGGACGAACGUAUAAUACACGUAUUUUUGACCCCAAACGAAUUUAUGAAUUUUAUACGUAUUAUAUUGCAAAAUCAUUAGGGUCAAAUUCAGAUGAGAUCAAAUAAAUUGGUUGUCUUUCU